CCAAAUCCUUCUUCCACCAGAAAUGAUUGUGUCGCCGCGUCCCUUUCCAUCCGUGUAGAAUUCCAUUUCUUUAUUUUUGUGUGUGUAUUUUCCCGAGAAAAUGUUGCAGAGCUCUGCGGAUUACGACUCAGCCCAUUUUGCCGAGAAAAUUAUUAACUGGAAGUAAAAGGAAGCUUCUUUCCUUUCUUUUCUCUCCAAUCAAACGUAACUGCGCAGAUAAAGCGUCUGAGUUUAUCCGGUUGCCUCGUUUUUGGCGAAAUUCGGGUGGAUUUUAUCCGGUUAGGUCGUUCAGCGGAUAUUUUCUCCGAUCAGAUUUUCUCGGAGGAGGGGGACCAAAGGAAGAAGGAAGAGCGAAAAAGUCGAAGAUGAUGAGAAGGCAGGAACAGGACCAUCAGUCUCGGGCCUUCUGCGAGCUGUCCGCUCUCGUUCUGAACCUGCUGCGAUCGCCCCCGACGCCGAUCUCGUUCUCCGAUCAAUCCCCGGCGGCGAUCUCUGCGGAGGCGGCGGCUUCUUCGUCGUCGUCGUCGUCCAGGAGGUCGGUGGCGCCGGUGGCGCAGAUCACGCCGGCGGGAUUCGCCUCGCUGAUGCUGGGGAUAUCGCUGGCUCUGAUGCUGUGUGGAUCGGUCACUUUCUUCAUCGGCUUCAUGCUGAUGCCGUGGGUGCUCGGGCUGGUGAUGUUCCUGUACGUGGCCGGGAUAGUCUCGAGCCUCUCGCUCUUGGGACGGUCGAUCCUUUACUACGCCACUGGUCCACCAACGCCGCGAAAGGAGAUUCCGUCAUGGAAGCUAUUGUGAAUGGAAAGACCGUUGGGAGAUGUGCUGAAGGGACAAACUAUGUCCCAGAGGAUUGAGAGCACAGAACUCGGUUGUUCUUGCAAUUACUACAGCUGUUAAGCACCAUAUAUAGGGAGAUUGAGAUUACUGAGCAUUUCAAGUAUUGAAGCAGAAUUGUGGAUACCUUUCUCAUUGUAGAUUUUGCGAAUAUAUUUCGAGAUGGCUUUUGAAGUAGUUAGAUUUCGAAAUGAUGUAUUGUUGCAGCUCUUUUUGAGGAUUAUAAUCAACAGUCCAAUACCCGCUCUGGAUGAUAGCUGGGGAGCUGGUGAUCAGUUCCUUUGUAUCUCGCAUUUUCAAAUUUUUACUCCUACGCCUCCGUGUUUCUGUAUUUGUAAAUUUUCAGGAGGUCGGCAUUUUCGAUUAUAGUACUUUGAUCCCUA